AUGGCCGACGAACCGGGUCAACCCCCGGCCCUCACGACGCUGAGUCUCGCUGACCAAGCCCCCAGCUCCCAGGCCGUCGAACAGAUCGUGACUCCCUUUGAUGUCUCCGGUGGUGUCGAUGAAUCCGGAAAACUACUGCCGGUCGAUUAUGACAAGCUGGUUCGGGAAUUCGGUGCGCAUCCAAUUAGCAAGGAGCUGCUCGAGCGCUUUGAGAGAGUGACUGGUCACCGUCCGCAUCGGUUUAUGCGUCGGGGUAUUGUAUUCAGUCAUCGCGAGCUGAAUUUGAUUCUUGAUCGCUACGAGAAGGGGCAGCCUUUCUAUCUGUAUACUGGACGGGGACCGAGUAGUGAUAGUAUGCACGUGGGACACACAAUUCCGUUUGAGUUCACCAAGUGGUUGCAGGAUGUCUUCCAGUGCCCGUUGGUCAUCAUGUUGACAGACGACGAGAAAUUCAUGCACUCGCAAAAAAUCGAGAUCGACGACGCAAAGCGGUACGCCAAGGCAAACGCAAUGGACAUUAUCGCAGUUGGUUUCGACAUGAAGAAGACUUUCAUCUUCAGCGACUUCGACUUCGUCGGUGGCGCUUUCUACGAGAACAUGUGCAGAAUGGCCAAGAGAAUCACAAUCAACUCCGUCCGAGGAACCUUCGGCUUCAACGACAGCAACAACGUCGGCGAGUUCCAUUUCUGCGCUACCCAAUCCGCCUCCGCCUUCGCAACCAGCUUCCCGCACAUCUUCGGGAACGAUAAAAAGAAGGUCGCCUCGAUCCCCUGCCUGAUUCCCUGCGCCAUCGACCAGGACCCCUACUUCCGUCAAUGCCGCGAACACGCCGAGAAGAUGAAGUUCAAGAAGCCCGCCCUCAUCCACUCCAUUUUCCUCCCUGCCCUGCAAGGCCCCGGCUCCAAGAUGUCCGCUUCCGUCGACACUUCCGCUAUCUUCAUGAGCGACGCACCCAACCGCAUCAAGAACAAGAUCAACAAGUACGCCUUCUCCGGUGGUCAGGACACCGCAGAACUGCAGCGCCAACUCGGUGGAAACACCAAGGCAGACGUCCCCUUCCAGUACCUUACUUUCUUCUUGGAGGACGAUGACGAGCUCGAGCGCAUUCGCGUUGCGUAUGAGAAGGGAGAGAUGCUUACGGGCGAGAUUAAGCAGAAAUGUAUUGCUGAGUUGCAGGAGUAUGUUAAGGGCUUCCAAGAACGGAGGGCUCAGGUGACAGAGGAGAUUCUGAACGAGUAUAUGAGCCAGCGGCCGUUGGAGUGGACAGGGAACCCCAACCCUGUCAAGGUUGACAAGGAGAAGAAAUAG